CGCUGAAGGGGGCGGGCAAGCGGUGGUUUGGCGCCAGCGGGCCUGUUUCAUUCCCCCCCCGGGCCCCUCGCUAUGGGUUCCCCGUAGACCCGUCCCCAUCGCCCUCCGCUCAGAGACCCCUUUGCCAGGGCUUCCCCCCACGCCGGCCCCGGGCGCUCUUUCCCCCCGCCCCUCCCGCCCAGCAGCCGCCCGGGCCGGGCUUCUGUCAGCGCACUGAUGGCCGGCGUGAUCCGGCGGCUGGACGAAGCCGUGGUGAACAGGAUCGCGGCCGGCGAGGUCAUCCAGAGGCCGGCGAACGCCAUCAAGGAGAUGGUAGAAAACUGUUUGGAUGCAAAAUCCACAAGUAUCCAGGUAAUAGUUAAAGAAGGCGGUCUGAAGUUCAUCCAGGUCCAAGAUAACGGCUGCGGUAUCAGAAAAGAAGAUCUGGACAUUGUAUGUGAGAGAUUUACUACGAGUAAACUGCAAAAGUUUGAAGACUUGACUAAUAUUGCUACAUACGGUUUUAGGGGUGAGGCAUUGGCUAGCAUCAGUCACAUUGCCCAUGUUACGGUAACAACUAAAACAGCGGAUGCAAAGUGUGCAUACAGAGCUACCUACAGUGAUGGAAAAAUUAAAGCCCCUCCGAAACCCUGUGCUGGAAACCAAGGAACUCAGAUCACUGUUGAAGAUCUUUUUUACAAUGUAAAUACGAGGAGGAAAGCUUUAAAAAAUCCAAAUGAGGAAUAUGCAAAAAUACUAGAAGUUGUUGGCAGAUAUGCCAUUCAUAACUCGGGCAUCAGCUUUUCAGUUAAAAAGCAAGGGGAUACCGUGUCAGAUGUUAGAACCUUAUCCAACGCCUCAACAGUGGACAACAUUAGGUCCAUCUUUGGCAACGCUGUUAGCAGGGAACUGAUAGAAGUGGGUUGUGAAGAUACAAGUCUGGCCUUUAAAAUGAAAGGCUACAUCACGAAUGCAAACUACUCUGUGAAGAAAUGUAUAUUUUUACUCUUCAUAAACCAUCGAUUGGUAGAGUCAGCCGCUUUGCGGAAAGCCAUAGAAACUGUGUAUGCCGCUUAUUUGCCAAAAAGUACGCACCCGUUCCUGUACUUAAGCCUGGAAAUAGCCCCCCAGAAUGUAGAUGUGAAUGUGCACCCUACAAAACACGAGGUCCAUUUCCUUCAUGAAGAUAGCAUUCUAGAGCAUGUGCAGCAACACAUAGAGAGCAAGUUGUUGGGCUCUAAUUCUUCAAGGAUGUACUUUACUCAGACCUUGCUUCCAGGGGCCGACUGCUCUUCCAAUGAGGUUGUAAAAGCAUCAGCAAACUCUUCUGCAGCUACCAAAGGAACCAGUGAUAAAAUUUACGCACACCAGAUGGUCCGCACUGAUUCCCGAGAGCAGAAAUUGGAUGCUUUUCUUAAGCCGGUGAACAACCCCCUGCGUGCAGACCCCGCUGAAGUGACAACAGAGGCUAAUGCACAACCUGCAGAGGACGUAGUCAGGCCACAGGAUGCUGAAAUGGAAGACGUCAGUGAUGUAGUUGAAAUCUCGGAUGUUCAGGAGGACACAGUGAUGCCUGGGGGGUUGAGUGAGGGCGGACGCUCGUCUCCUGAGACAGUGCCUCCUCGAAAGAGACCACGGGAAGAUGCAGACAUAGAAAUGGAGAAAGAUGACACCAGAAAGGACAUGACUGCUGCCUGCACCCCUAGAAGAAGAAUUAUCAACUUGACCAGUGUAUUGACUCUCCAGGAGGAAAUUAGUAACCAGGCACAUGCAAAUCUUCAGGAGAUGCUACACGAUCACUCGUUUGUUGGCUGUGUCAGUCCUCAGUGGGCUCUGGCCCAGUAUCGGACAAAACUGUAUCUUCUCAAUACGACAAAACUCAGCCAAGAACUCUUCUACCAGAUACUUAUUUAUGACUUUGCAAACUUUGGAGUCUUAAGGCUGUCUGAGCCAGCUCCUUUAUAUGAGCUUUCAAUGCUUGCUUUAGAGGAUCCUGAAAGUGGCUGGACAGAAGAAGAUGGCCCAAAAGAAGGGCUUGCUGAGUACAUUGUGGAGUUUCUGCAAAAGAAGACCGAGAUGUUGAAAGACUAUUUUUCUCUUGAAAUUGAUGAGGAAGGAAACCUUACUGGGCUACCACUUCUGAUAGACAACUAUGUUCCGCCGCUGGAAGGACUGCCUAUGUUUAUCCUUCGCUUGGCCACAGAGGUAAACUGGGAUGAAGAAAAGGAGUGUUUUGAAAGCCUAAGUAAAGAAUUAGCUAUGUUCUACUCCAUUAGAAAGCAAUAUGUAAUAGAUGAAGCCAACCCGACAGACUCUCAGAAUGAAGAUUCUGACUCUGGUUCAACAACAUGGAAAUGGACUGUGGAACAUGUACUUUACAAAGCUUUUAGGACUCAUCUUUUACCUCCUAAACACUUCACAGAAGAUGGCAACAUUUUGCAGCUUGCCAACCUGCCUGACCUGUACAAAGUUUUUGAGAGAUGUUGAGCAAGUAGUUGGUGCGUAUCGAAAAAACAUUGAUGCUACGUUCUGUUUUACUUAGUAGAGGAUAAAGCUGGAAUCCUGAUGGAGGAAAGAAAAAGAGGGGAUUUAAUAUUAUACUAACAUGAUAGCAAAUGGUCUGUUUUCCUUCUGUUCAAAGAAUCAAAAGAAUUGUUUUAGCCAAACAAUUUAGUCUAAACCCAACUGGGGUUCCUAAAAUAAAAUCUCAACUAAUGCUUUGAGGUUUCCCUAUUAAACAGCUGCUACUGAAGAAAAUUAAUUGGGUUAAGUAAUUGUGAAAGGAGAUAGAGCCUAACUUAAUUGAAAGGUGAGUGCUUUAACUUAGCUUGCUUCUUUGAAAGCAGUAUAGGUUACCUACCCUCCUUUUGUUUUAAGAAUGACUGUGAAUGUUCAUGCAAAGCACUUAAAAUAAUCUGUUAGGGCAGGAGCUAGUCAUGCAAUAUUUCACAGCCCUUGCUGGAAUAAGGCAAAUCCCUUCCUUUCAAUCAAGGAGUCUGAAAAUGGAAACAAAUGAGCAUGCACGCACGACAUUCACCUCAAAGAGGAGUUGCAGCUGACAAUCUGACUACAGGCUCCAGCCGUUAGUCUUGCUCAAGCAGAGGGAAAAGGUGCUUGAGCUUUCACUUGACCCUUGACCUUCCCUGACACCAUCACAAAGUUGAGUUGCCACAAGGAGGCCCUUGGUACCACGCUGCAGCUUCAGUGGGGUGGUUUAGAGCAAGGGAACUAGAAGCAGGUGUGCUCUCCACCAUAUGCCAAAUGAGGUUUUAGCAGAUGCUUUGUACAUGUGAAGGCACUCAAAACUCCCGAAGUGUUCUUUAGCUUCACAAUAUGCACUGUAAGAACAACUAAUGAAGACCCUGGUGGUUUCUUCUGAACAAAUAAAAUGAAUGUGAAGUGGCAACAGUGCGGACAACUGAACGACAGUCGUCUCCAAUUUAAUGAGUAGGCCUAAGGUGAUCUGCCACAUACAAGGCCGUUUCUCAACAGGGAAAGCAUUUUUCUAAGCCCCAGUAAGCUUCAGUUUUGUGCUGUAAAGGUAGCUGUUCCAUUUGAAAGAUGUGCUGGUCCAAGCAGAAGCACUAAUACUUUGGACCACAAAGGUCCCGAAACCUGCCUUGCCUUGAGAAAUACUCCUGAAAGGCAGCAUUUGCACCAGGAAAGCACCUGAUAUGGGUCCAAAAGGAUGAGGCCUCUCAGAUGGGUAUCUGCUGGCCUCAGCAAAGUCUAACAUGGGGGCAGUCUGAUUUCCAGUAUUUCAGGACUGCCACUGCAGGUGCUGCUCAUUUCCCCUUUGUGAUGCCAGCUUGAGAAGAGUGGCAGUUCCUAUUGGCAUUCACUGUCCAUAGAGAGUAGGCUACGGCCAAAACCCACGCUGCUCCAGAAGGCACCUUCUUCCUUGUACUUCCCGCUGCCUUUGAUGGCAAUACUGUCAAUGAGAUAACUACUGGAGUGGCAUGUCUUCCUGAGCCAGCCAGAGCAGCAAGGGGGAAGCAGAUGCGUGGCUCAGGCUCCACUGCAUGCAGUGCAACAACUGAGCAGCCAACACCAUGAAAUUUGAAGUGAGCAACUGGCUUGAGCUGGCCUCAACCCGCUUAUUACUUACCUCCUGGGGAUGGGGGUACUGUGACAGUGGGGUGUAAAGGGACUGGCACUGGGAAUCACAUUUGUAGUGCGAUUCCACUGUAUCUUGCCCUUGCUAAAGUGUGAUUUCAGCAUACUGCCGUAUCGCUCUUCUAAAUCCAACCCGUGUAAUGCCUAAUACAUCAAAUAAGUACAUUUGGUAUUAAACAUGAAAAGUUCCCUCUGUGGAACAUCUGAGAGAACCUGUUUAGACAGUAGUUGAUUCAACGUGUGCACGUGUGAGAAAUGUCUACAGAUAUGCACAAACCUGCUUAAAUAUACAUUAAGUGUGGUGGCAGAUGGGGGGCGUGCACCCCCCUGCCAUGUAACAAAAGCCGGCUCCUUAUCACGCUGGUCUGCAGGUUCCUGAUCCCACUCAAAACUAAAAACCCAGAAAACCCUAAGUAUCUCUUACGUUACGUUCAUUUCCCCCCCCGUUUUUGGUAUUUAAUGGAAACCUGAUUACAUAGUGCCAAGUUUCUAGCACAAAAUGAAAAACACUCCUCGUAAGGCUGAAACAGCUUUUUUUAUAUCUAUAUAGUUCAGAGCGUUACACACCUGGAUACGGGUUAACUGUUUUCCUAAGGAGAAAAAAAUGCAGGAAACCUUUCUUACAAAAUGUAUUUUGAAGUUAAGAUUGCAAUAAAUCAUCGAUCAAAACACUCCUAAGCCUGUCAUGGAUAACAAAAUGCCAACCAGCCAAUGGUAUUAGUUUGGUCAACAGCUUGCUGGGGCUUGGGGUUUUUCCCUUUUAGAUUCUUCAUUCAAACCUGCUUCUUGAAACAAGACUAAUUUCAAAUCUCAUUUUCAAGGCCAAUAACAAGCAAAUCCAACAAAUUAUAAACAGCACGCAGCCACAUUUGCUGGGUCCACAGCAGUUCACAGAUUCAGCUUUUCAAAACUAGAAAACCUCAGGGUGAGCUGCUUCCUUGCCUGCUUGUUUAACUGCUCAAAUCAACUUAAUUACUCAUGUCUCACAGGAAAACUGAUUAUACAAAAUCAGUCCUCCAGGCCUGGACAUGCAGUAGUUUAGCUGAGUUAGAUACCCAACUCUAGAUUCUGCUGUUUUGUUGUUUUUCUGACCACAACUUCCAUCACUAAAACCCAAUCAACUCUGAGAAAUCUACUGUGACAGCCAGUAUCGUACUGACCCUGAAUCUCAGUAGGCCAGACUGAAGGUCAUUCGUCUCAAGCUCCUUACUUCCAAUUGUUAAAACAUAGCAGGGUUCAAUCGUGCUACUUCAUUUCAAAACUCAUCUACCUGCUGCCGGGGAACCUCUCUAGGCGACACCACAAUGAGCAGGGAUUGUUCUUCGAAUGCAAUUCUCGGUCCAUGAAAGGAGAGCCCACACUUCUCCUCAAGGCAGAAGCAAGAGCUUUCCUGAGCUGGGAGCCAUGGCUGCUUCAGCCUGGCUUUGCUGUAACAAGGGCAGCUCUGUUGCCGUGAUUUUCCUACUGGGUAUGCUCGCAGGACGCUACCGCCAGAGGAACCGUCCCUGAGGAGCUGGGGCACCGUCCCAGAAGGACAGCUCGGAGACGACCCGCGUCUGGGGUACAUGGAUAAGGCUGACCACUUCAGAGCUGUUCUUAGCACAAGGUAAGUCAGCUUGCUGUCAGACUGUCACACCAAGUCAUCAGCCCGUUACCGCUGGCUUUCACCUGAACGAUCUCAUUUGUGCUAGAAACAAAAGCAGGCAGCAUUUUCUAGGAAAGGCUGGUGGAAAGUGCUUCUGGUGACAUCUCUGGGGUUGCCUGAGGAGAGGAGAAACAUCCUUGGGAGGGACAAAAUUCAACAGCUGAGUUUUUGGGUCACCUUUGCAGGUUUUACAGAUAGGUUUAAGAGGAGUGAACAAAAUUAUUUCAGAUUGAGUGUUUUAACUCCUUUCCAUACCGUAACUGAUGCAUUUUAGAUUUCCAGGAGAUACCACCUCUCACGGCAGCGAGCAGAACUGUUUGUGGAUGUGCCAAAGGGAGUAAUUUCCUUGGCAAACUACCCAUGUAUGAAAACAGGGCCUCUCAUUUAACUCAAUAUACAGAGGCCCUGAACCGUGCUGGUUUAGGAGAGGCUUGCAAAAUCUUUACAUUUGCCAUAGAGUUAUUCACGUUUGGUAUAGCAAAAUACCCCCUGAAGGACUUUCUGUCACUAGUGCAUCUGGUUUGUUCUGCUUUGCAGCUAAUGAUUUCAAAUUAUUUCCUGUCAUGGUUUUAGCUGGGAUUGAGUUAAUUUUCUUCACUCUAGCUGGCAUAGUGCUGUGCUUCGGACUUAGCAUGAAAAAAAAUGUUGAGAUAACACACCGAUGUUUUGGCUGUUGCUGGGUAGCGCUUGUACUAGUCAAGGACAUGUCUAGCUUCCCAUGCCCUGCUGGGGGCACAAGAAGCUGGGAGGGGAGGGGGCACAGCUAAGAGAGCGGAUUCAAACUGACCAAAGGGAUAUUCCAUAUCAUGUAACGUCAUGCCCGGUAUGUUACGGGGGAGCAGCUGGCCGGGGAAGGGAGGGAGCAAUUCGCGGCUCAGGGCCAGGCAGCGUCGGUCGACAGGUGGUGAGCAGUUGUAUCGUUUGUGUUUGUGCUUUUUUUCCUUUUUCUUCCUUCCUUUUCCAUUUUAUAUUAACAUUAUUGUCAUUAUUAUAAUAAUAAAUAUUACAAUUAUUAUUUUAUUGUAAUUAUUAAACUGCUUAUCUCAACCCACAA